ACUCGAAAUUCCAUUAUUUUCUUGUCGUCGCGUAUCAACAAAAAUUUCUUCAGUUCUAUUAACUCCUCAGAUAAGAAAACAAUUGCAAAAUACUUUUAAGUUUCUUUCAAUACUUUAAAGUUUAAUUUAUUUAUCGAUUUAAUACUGAAAUAUUGAAAUUUCAAUUUAAACGCAAUAGAGGAAGAGAAAAUUUGAAUAUUAUAUUUGUUGUUGUUGCCUUUCGCGUGUGUUAAAAAAUAUUUUUUCCUGUACAAUAAAAAAAAUUUCACUUCGUUUAUUUCCCAUUUCUCUUCUUGGUGUUUUUAAACAAGUAUGGUGUAUUUGUAAUAAAUUUCGCAAAAGAUAAAGUAAAGCCAUCGUUAUGGAUAUCGAAGAACCUUUAGAUCCAAGAAUUCAGAUCGAGCUGGAAAAUUUAAACAGCUGCACUGACGACAUCAAUAAGUUGGAAAUCGAACUUGAGGAAGCCAACGCUACCUUUCGAAUCCUAUUAAAUGAGUCAACACGACGAUUAAAACUAUCAGCGAAGAAACUCGGCAACUCUAUUGAGAAAUCCCGUCCUUACUAUGAAGCAUUAGAAAAAGCUCGUGUUGCACAAAUUGAAUGCCAGAAAGCAGCUGUAAAGUUCCAAAGGGCAAACGAAAUACAUGCGGCAGCUAAAGAAACUGUUGCACUUGCUGAAGAGCGAUUUAUGUCAAAUUCACAUGAAUGGCAGUUUGAUAACGCAUGGCAGGAGAUGUUAAAUCAUGCAACUUUAAAGGUGAUGGAUGCCGAGAAACAAAAAGCAGAUUCCGGUGCUGAUCAUCAAGAGAAAACUCAAAUUUUUCAUGCAGCUGAGUCGAAAGUACAAUUACUAGAGCAAAAGUUCAAGUCGAGCAUUGGCAAGUCUCGUCCUUAUUUCGAAGAGAAGCAAAUUUGUCAAGAUCAAUUAAACACUCAGAAAGAGCGAAUUCAACAACUUCAAUCACUUCUUCAAUCGGCAAAGUCUAAUUAUGCGUCAUCUUUGAAGAAUCUUGAACUUAUUAGUGAGUCGAUUCAUAAGGCUCGUGGGGACUUUGAAGCGCCACCAGCAGGAAUUCGUGAACCAGGAGUUGGGGCUGAAUCGCAUGAAAUUGCAGCCGAACAACAAAACUUGGACUUUAAUUUGGAUGACGUUGAACUUGAAUCGAGAUCUCAUUCGAGAUCUGCAAGCCAGUCGAGACCAUCUGAAGUGAACGAGAAUGAUCUUGAAGCACUGAGAAAGAAAGUGAAAAGUCUUGCAGUUCGUCCAAUUGAAGGUGGUGAUGGGAAACAAGAUGAACAGGAAAGUUGGGAAUCGGAACUGAAUGCGACUGUUGAUAAACUUGAUCAUUUAAUGUUGUUGAGAGAGAAGAAGCAAAACUUUUGCCCUGAGCCAGUAAGCUUGCCACAAUCUCCUGAUCAUGCAAUCGAGCAAAAUCCAAUUAAACAACUUAAGAAAAUUGAUCCGCUUCCACUCGCGAUUGUGAGCUUGCAAACCCUUCCAACAUCGUCUAAUGCCUCGCCGCUCAACUCAAAGAUCUUCAGCGGAACGACAACCAUAAAUUGUGAUAAUUUAAUACACAAGAAGAAAAGGAAAUUGAGUCUGCAAUAGACACCUAGAAUCGAGAAAGUAAAAGUAUUAAUGAAGUCGUUUCGCCCUUCGCCCUUCAAACAAACAAACAAUUCGUAUCUAAUAAUAGAGAAAUAUAAAAUUAACUUCAAUUUUAACUCAAGUAAAAUUUAUUUUCAAAAAAAAAAAACAAUUGAACUGUUUUCAAAGUUUAAAAUGUUAAAAGAACUGGAAAGAAAUGAAAAAGAGAAUAUUUUCUGUUUUCUGAUUCUGAGAAACUAAAAUGGAACUAAAACUGAAAUUUAAUUUAAGAAAAGAAAAGAAUAAAGCUAGAUAUUUAUGAAAAGGAUCCUGAUAAAUCUAUAAACCAUAGACUUAAACUACUUAGGUAGAUUUCAGGUAAAUCAGUAAAUCAGGUAAAAUAUUUCUCAGCUUAAUAAUAACAGGUAAAAGAUGAUUCUAAAUUUAACGGAAAAAAAAAUUCAAAUCUAUAAAUGAAAGUGUAAGAAAGUGUUAGUGAGGAAUUUCACUUAGGGCAUAUUUAG